AUGACUCGAUUCAAGCAGCAGAGGAGGCAGUCGACAGAGGCAGCGCUGUCCGCGGGUGGCGAUGGCGCAACCCCAAUCCUCCUCUUCCGCAUCGCCAUUCCCGAGGUAAGAGAAGAUAUUGGGGGAGCACUAGCGCCAGAAGAACUCGUGGCAGACCGCCUUGUGAGCGUCAAGUGGGCGGCAACGGCUGUCCUCUUCCUCUUCUUCGGCUGCCCGAUAUUCCUCCCCGCGCCUCCAACCGACUGCCAGUACCUCGCGCCAUUACUCCCCCACUCCGCCUCCGCCUCUUCCCCCAGCACCCCUCCGCCACCCUCCCCCCUGCACCACUGCGCCAUGGGGUAUGUCGCCACCGCAGGCGUCGUGGGGGGCGGAAGGCCAGGGGCAGCGCGGUACGUGGUGACAGUAGCGGAUGACGCUAUAGAGGGUGCACCCGAGGGGAGUCUGAGGUGGGCAGUGGCGAACCUCGGGGGAGGGACUGCGGGAGGGGGGGAGCAGCAGGGGCUGUACGUGACGUUCAACCGGUCGAUGACGAUUCGGCUCAAGUCGCGGCUGUUCCUGGCGUCGCACACCACGAUUGACGGGCGGGGCGUGCGUGUGAGGCUGCUGGGCAACGGGCUGGUGCUGCAGAACGUGACUAACGUCGUCAUCCACAACAUUGAAAUUGGGAACCAGCCUGGGGAUCAUGACGUGCUUCCCAUUCGCAGCAGCCAGGUGGUGUGGAUCGACCACUGCCACGUGUACAACGGCCACCGCGGCACUGUAGACGUUGUCUACAACUCCACGGAUGUGACUAUAUCGAAUUGCCGCAUCCACAACCACCGCUUGACCAUGCUCCUGUGGGCAGACGACUCGCAUGAGUACGACCGCAACAUGCGCGUUACGGUGUAUCGCAACUGGUUUGAGAAAUCCGGGCAGCGCCAGCCGCAUUGCCGCUGGGGGCAGUGCCAUGUGGCGAAUAAUUUGUACACCGACUGGGCGUUCUACUGCCUUGGUGGGAGAGUCUUUGCUAAGAUUCGGUCAGAUGGGAAUGUUUUCAGGGCAGGGCGGGCACGGAAGGAGGUGACGCCGUGGUUUGGAGAAGCAAGUUUGACGACUCCUGGCUUUGACAAUACGCCAACAAUCCUGUCGUAUGGCGAUCUGCUGUUGAAUGGGGCUACCUUUCACCAGUUUGAAGGGAAGGAGCCCAUGUUUGAUCCGCCUUACCGGCUUCCUCUCUAUGAUGCCUCGGCUCUCAUGGAGACCUUCCUUAGGCAGAGUGCCGGUCCGCAAUACCCAUUCAAAUUCAUUAGAUCUUACUUUGAUUGGGAUGCCUAA